AUGGUUGAUGACUUCGUGAAGACUAUGACAAAGGAAUUUGAAAUGAGUAUGGUUGGUGAACUGAGCUAUUUCCUUGGACUUCAGAUCAAACAACUAACCGAUGGAAUCACGGUGUCACAGAGUACCUAUGCCAAAAAUCUCAUCAAGCGAUUUGGAAUGCAGACAAGUAAGACUGCAAAAACUCCUAUGAGCACAACAACCAAACUUUCCAGAGAUAGCGAUGGGAAACCAGUUGAUGAGAAACUCUACCGAGCCAUGAUUGGAAGCCUUCUUUACCUCACGGCGAGUCGUCCUGAUCUAUGCCUCAGUGUGGGGAUUUGUGCUCGCUAUCAAGCUAAACCAAAAGAGUCUCACAUGAAUGCAGUAAAGCGUAUUAUCAAAUACGUGAAAGGCACCCUUGACUUUGGUCUUCAUUAUACAUUUGAGACUAAUGUGAAUCUUGCAGGUUUUUGUGAUGAUGAUUGGGCAGGUUGCUUAGAUGACAGACACAGCACAUCGGGUGGUUGCUUUUUCUUGGGAAACAACAUGGUCUCAUGGCAUAGCAAGAAACAAAACUGUGUCUCUCUAUCCACAGCAGAAGCUGAAUACAUUGCACUAGGAAGUUGUUGCACGCAGCUCCUUUGGAUGCGACAAAUGCUUGUCGAUUACGGUAUCACCUCUGCUCCUAUGCUUGUUCAUUGUGAUAACAUGAGUGCUAUAAAUCUGUCUAAAAAUCCAGUUCAGCAUUCACGUACUAAGCACGUGGAUAUCAGACAUCACUUUGUGCGAGAGUUAGUGGAAAUGAGAAUUGUGAUAUUAGAGCAUGUCCCAACUGAGAAACAACUUACCAAACCAUUGGAUCACAACACCUUUCUGGGUCUUAGAAAGGCGUUGGGAAUCAUGGAACUCUGA